AUGCGAGCUCUCCGCCAACUCUCCCGGCCAGUGCUCGGCUUGAGAAGGUCCAUGUGCCAGAAACGCUCCUUUUACGAAGCGAAAGGCCAUUUCGCAACCAUAAACGAUCGAGGUGUACUCGUCUCCUCGGAGACGGACAUUUACGUCGGCGAUCCCCACGAGGCAUACGUUAGCAUCAUGCCCGAUCUAGGUGAGGCCAUUCGGGCUUGUGUCGCGCGGCAGAAGGACAUGGGUCUCGCGGGCCAGCAGGAUGCCAAGACGUUACCCAUGAUAUUCGACCACGCAACACGGUCUUUUUACCAUGCUUCCGAGGCUGGAGAUCAAACAGGACCUUCCCCGUCAGAAUGGCACCUGAACAAGAGAAACCCCUACUUUCUCGGUGUUUCCUAG